CUAAACAUGGCCGUUGACAAACUCAGUCAUGUCAGUUAGCACUCAAUAACUCUUGAAAUUUUUAAAUUUACAAGUCUUAAGUCGAAAAAUAAUCUACUGCGCCGUUAAAAAAUCAUUAGUCUUUUUUAACCUCGCUGUUGGUUUUGUUUUUACCUUUUAUUCCUGUGACUCGUUAGCCCCUGAAGCUAGGUAGCGAGCUAACUUCUCCAUUGGGAACAAUGACAGCGACUUCUGCAGGUAGCAGCAGCUGCCUCCCCGCCAAAGGACUGGACAUAAGUCUGGCUGCCUUGCAGCGACAGGACCCGUACAUCAACAACAUCGUGGACGUUGCCAGCCAAGUUGCCCUGUAUACUUACAACAACAGGGCAAAUGAGUGGGAAAAGACAGAGGUGGAAGGCACUCUUUUUAUCUACACAAGACUGGCAUCUCCCAGGCAUGGUUUCACCAUUAUGAACAGACUCAGUAUGGAGAACUUGACAGAGCCAAUCACCAAAGACCUGGACUUCCAGCUCCAGCAUCCCUUCCUGCUUUACCGCAAUGCACGAUUGGUUAUCCAUGGGAUUUGGUUCUACGAUAAGGAGGACUGUCAACGCAUUGCUCAGAGGAUGAAGAUUCUGACCCAGCAGGAGCAGACCCUGGCGCAGUCUCAGGGUGGAUGGUUGUCUCCAGGAGGAGGAGGAGGAAGAGGUGUAGGAGGAGGAGGACGAGGAGGAGGAGGAGUAGUAGGGGGAGUAGGAGGAGGAGGAGGAAGAGGAGUACUUGGAGGAGGAAGAGGAGGAGGAAGUGAAGCGAAGGCAGUGGACAUCAUCCAGAUGCUGACCAAAGCACGCACAGAGUAUGACAAGUCUACAUCCGAGCCAAAGGAGAUUGGUGGCAGCAGUGUUAUUUAUGGAAAUCCCAAUCUGAUCAAGCCAAUACCUGUUAAACCCAAUACACAGGACAGUGAAAUUGCUGAUCCCAAGCCUCUCUCUCUGGCCACCCUUUUUGGCUCUCAGCAUCAACAUCACCACUCAUCCAAACCAGAACCAAUCUCUCCUAUGGCCGCCCCUGGGACGGGGCCUUCAACUGGACGAGUCACUCGGCCCCCUGUAGCCCGUUCGCUGAAAUAUGACGAUACCGUGAACUCUGGCAGAGGUGUGACCUCCAAGGGAGGGAACGUGGCCAUGGUUGAUGAAGGACUCCGCGCUAUGACUGGAGGGCAAACGGUAGUAGAAGAGGGUGGGAAUGUUGUAGGCUUGCUGCCAAGUCCCACUUCAGCCCAUCAGCAGCAGCAUAACCAGCCUCAGCACUGCGCAGCCAUCCAGAAACUCAUGCAGGGACAGAGAGGAGUCGGGGUGGUCGGAGGGGUGCUCCAGACCGUGUCCGAGUCCCCAGAGAACAGGCUGUGUGACAACGGGGUGCCACUGGAGCAUCACCACCAUCAUCACCAUCUGUACCAUCAUCAUCACCAGCAGCACCACCUUCACCAUCACCAGCAGCAGCAGCAGCUUCAAGCUGACCCAAUCAAGAGACUUUUCCAAACCCAGCCACCCCCUCCCUCCUCCAACCCUCCGCCUCUGCAGCAGAGCCUUCAUCUCACCCCUCAGCCCGUUAUGGUGAAUUCUGUUCCAUGUUCUCACCUUCAAGCGCAGCAAAGCCAGCAGCUGUUUUUCAGCCUAUCCAAGCCUCAACCAGAGGCACAGCACACCAGCCAGACAGCUUCAGCUAUACAGGGAACAGGUUUGCUGCCAUCUCAGGCGACCAAUGAGCAGGUCCUUCAACCUUUACAUGGUCUGUCUUCCCAGAUGCCUGGUGUGGUGUCGCCUCAUGAGCUCCUGCAAAAACUCCAGCUGGUCCAGCAGGAGCAGAGCCUGGCUUCCCAUGAUCCCCCUCGACUCUGUCCAGGGCUGGCUCCUCGAUUCCUGGGGCCCACACAAGGUCAAGGAGCAGGCUCAGAUGUAGGCCCAGUCUCAAACCCAACGACAGCUACUACAGGUCAAAAGGCUGCUCUGCAGUUUCAGGUCAUCUCCCCGCAGCGGAUACCGGCCACUGUGGCCCCCAACCUGCUCCUUUCUCCCAGUGUUUUCUCUCAGGCAAAGUCUGGUGGUGGGUUGUCAGCUGUUGCCCAGGAGACCUGCCCUGUCCCCUCAACCCUGUCCAGACCCCCGCUGCAGGAAGAGAUCAGAGUUCUGUCCAGAAGCCAGCUUCAAGCCACACUGCUGCAUCUGAUUCAGACCGACAGCUCAUUCCUGGACAACAUCUAUGAAGCCUACAUCAGCCGCUUGGCUGAUGACUCCAGCAGCAAGUACUGAUGACUCCUCACACACUCUGUCUAUACAUACACGCUGUUCAGAGCAGUGGAGCUCACUCUUCUAAACCUACUGUGGAUGCAUCAAUUCCUCCUACGGAUCCAUUCACAAAUGCACUCACUGCAUCUCCUCUGCACUGUCAGCCUGACUCUCUUCACCUCCAAGCAAGUCUAGGCACAACAAAAAAGCAGUUAUCAAAAAAAUGUUAAUGUGUUAGUUUCCAUAUCAAAAAACAACGUUUAGCCUGUGUCUCCUCUAAAAAAAAGACUAAUUCUCUCAGUUUGAGGACCACUUGCUUUGGCACAAAUGUGGCAUAACUAUACAGUCUUAAGAUUACCUGUAGUUAAGGGGAAAAUGUAGCCUAUACCCUAUUUCACUCUCAAUGAGGACAAUAUAUGCUGCAGCUGCACGGUUUUCCCAAGGUGUUUGAAUUAAGAAGUUCCCUGCACUAUUUUUUCAAGUGUAGCAGAAAUUAAUUUUAUUGUUUAUUUUUUUUGUUGUUUUAUAUGUCACGGUCGUCAAACACCAGCCAGCCUUCUGGGCUUUAAUAAGCAAGUCUUCCUAGUCUAAGAGCUAGUGCUGAAGGAUGUGCUCAAACAGACCCGAAACUGACUUCACUUGCGCAGUGAAAUGUAAAACGUGUUUAACAUGUUUUUUUUUCUGUACAUUUGGGAAAGUAAGUAUGUGUAAAUGAUAUCUGAAUUUGUUGGAUUUUAAUUUACAAUUAUAAAUUAAGUUCUUUUAAGGAAGUAUAUUUUACUAUCCAAAUUCUUUUAAAGUUAUAAAAAUUAUACCAUGUCAUUGAUUUUUUUUCCCAGCAGACUCUAGCUGUGAUACAUAUCUGUUUGUAUUUCAGUUAUACUGAAAUUAUUAUAUUAUUAGCAAGGUAAAGAAUUUAAAAUGACAUUGGUAUACAUCUAACUUGAAGUAAAAAAGAAAGUACAGGAGAUUGUUAACCUGCACUACCUCACGGAGAGCUAGUUUGUAGAUGUACUUGUGUUUUUACUCAGUAGCAGAUUGUCAGUUAUGUGAUCGGACAGUUUUAAAUAUUAGAUAAUCCAGUCAGGCUUUUUAUUUAAUUUUAACAUUAGGGAUGUCAUCAUCCCAGAAAAACCACUGACAAUCUUUUAACACACUGAAAAAUCACUCGAGGUGUUCAUGCUACGGUUCCUGAACACUUUGUAUGCCAAACAAAAAAUUUCCUCUCAGGAAUAAUAAAACUUUUAAUUCAUUAAAUGCUUUGCUAUUGAUGGUAAAUCCAGGUUUAAAAAGAUUGGUAAAUGGAGAUUUUAAGCAAUAAAAAGCAGCAAAGAAGGAGUAUAAAUAAAUCCAAUAAUUGUUUGGAGUUCACAGGCCUGCUCAAAUAUCAUAGAAAAUGCAUUUCCAAAAUACUGUUAUGUUAUAGUUUGUUCUGUGUAAUGUGUCAACCAACCAAACUAAGUUUUCCACUCAGUAUUACUCAGUCCCUCACUCAGCACAGCAGAGAAGUCACUGUAAAAAAAAAAAAAACAAGUUUAAUUUGAUCAGGGUCAGGGUUUUGCAGUUUCUGUUCAGCUUCCGCGCUAAAUUUGUAUGUAGCAAGACAACACAGUAGCUACCAGAGUACACAAAAACAGCAGCAAAAAAAAGAUAAUUUUUGAUUCCAUAUUUUUGUAUUCAAACAAAAUGUAUUGCUCUCAUAGUACACUAUAAAAUGUGACAAGAAUCACUUCUAAUUACUUUUUACAAAUCUAGGAAACUAAUUGCCUUUUACAACCAACAAUAUUCAGUCAAGUUUCAGCCAAUUUGCAACUAGUCAGUUUCAUUUGUAUAUUCUUAAAAAUGUUAAAAAACAGAACUUGUAGGUUUCUGAACUCCACGUGCAGAAUCCUCAUCAUGACACAAAACACAUAAAACGUUCAGUCAGUCUAACUUGGUUUACUUAAGGUGCUAACUAGAAAGAGCAAGUUAAGUCCACUUGUCAUUGUUAAGUUGCAACAACUUUACAAAAUUUAGUACAUACAACUAAAUUUUAAAAUAUAAGCUAAAUUAAAUAUAAAGAAAUAGAUCAGAAGUUAUAUUUACUUACCUUUUAAGGCAAUUAGUUAACUAGAAUUUUUAAGGGAAGAUCAACUUGUCAUAUUUUUCAAAUAACCAGCAUGUUACAUUACAAUUAAAUGAACAGCUAAUAAAAAAAUCGUUCUUAUACAACAUAUCUACCGUUAUUUGUCAGAUGCCAUAUUGUUCUUUAAAUUCAAAAGAUGUCAUCCAUAUUAUAUUUUUAAACAUUGUCAUUUAAAAUAAUAUGAGACAUUGGAAUAAACAUUUCUACACUAUUUCUUUUUGUUGGGACUUGCUCUCAAAUAAACUGGAAUAUAUUUUAAUUGGCUAUUAAAUGUUCUCAAACUGC